GCAGAUUAUGGCUAUGUACGUCACCCAUACCAUGCCUUUUCCCAGCCAAUCUCCUAUGUUGGCCUGUUCCUCUCUCAACCUUCACCAACCAUCAAACUCGGGAGGGGCACCUUCAACGAGGUCCUGGGGAUUUUUACCAGCACAGUCAGAAUUGACCAACACAAACUCGUCACAUUCACCAUGUCCCUACUGUCCGCCUACAGGUUUACCCCGAAGCUCUUAAAUUCAACGAAGAGCACAGCAUGUCUCUUCGCCGCUUCCAGAAAUGCCACUACAUCAACAAACCUGAGAGAUGUGCUUUCGGAUCUCGUCCCUAAAGAACAGAGUAGGAUUAAGAAUUUCAAAACGCAGUAUGGCAAGACCAACAUCGGCUCAAUCACUGUGGAUAUGAUCUACGGUGGGAUGAGAGGUAUGAAGGGCCUGGUGUAUGAGACCUCAGUGCUGGAUGCAGAUGAGGGAAUUCGUUUCCGUGGCUACAGCAUUCCGGAGUGCCAGCAGCUGUUGCCCAAGGCUCCAGGAGGUGCCGAGCCCCUGCCUGAAGGUCUGUUCUGGCUGCUGGUGACAGGCCAGGUGCCCACAGAGGAACAGGUGAACUGGCUGUCCAAGGAGUGGGCCAAGCGUGCAGCUCUUCCCUCCCACGUGGUCACCAUGCUGGAUAACUUCCCCACCAACCUCCACCCCAUGUCUCAGUUCAGCUCCGCCAUCACAGCUCUGAACAGUGAGAGUAGCUUCGCCCGGGCCUACUCCGAGGGAGUCAACAAGGCCAUGUACUGGGAGUUUGUCUAUGAAGACUCCAUGGAUCUGAUCGCUAAACUGCCAUGCGUUGCGGCCAAGAUUUACCGCAACCUUUACCGCGAGGGCAGCAGCAUCGGCGCCAUCGACUCCAGUCUGGACUGGUCCCACAACUUCACCAACAUGCUGGGCUACAGCGAUGCCACGUUCACUGAGCUCAUGCGCCUGUACCUCACCAUCCACAGUGACCAUGAGGGUGGUAAUGUGAGUGCCCACACCAGCCACUUAGUGGGCAGUGCCCUGUCUGACCCCUACCUGUCCUUCAGCGCAGCUAUGAACGGAUUGGCUGGACCCCUUCAUGGACUGGCUAACCAGGAGGUGCUGGUAUGGUUGACGGCCCUGCAGAAGGAAAUGGGAGGAGAGGUGUCUGACGAGGCCAUGAGAGACUACAUCUGGAACACCCUCAAGUCUGGAAGGGUGGUUCCAGGUUACGGCCAUGCCGUCCUGAGGAAGACAGACCCCAGGUACACCUGCCAACAGGAGUUUGCCUUCAAGCACCUGCCCGAUGACCCCAUGUUCAAACUGGUGCACCAACUCUACAAGAUCGUGCCCAACGUGCUGCUGGAGCAGGGCAAGGCCAAGAACCCCUGGCCCAAUGUGGACGCCCACAGUGGAGUGCUGCUGCAGUACUAUGGGAUGACAGAGAUGAACUACUACACGGUGCUGUUCGGCGUGUCCCGAGCCCUGGGGGUGCUGGCCCAGCUGAUCUGGAGCCGAGCCCUGGGCUUCCCCCUGGAGCGCCCCAAAUCCAUGAGCACGGACGGACUUAUGAACCUGGUGGGGGCCAACAAAUCCGGGUAAAGAUGAAUUAUCGAAGGAGGAGGAUGAGGACAAAGAAUAACAAAAGGGGGGCGGAAUAGGGGAGUUGGAUGCAAAAUAUAUAGUACACUUAUGAAAACAUUAAAGGGCCUUUGCUGGAUUUAGCCGGUUCAAGUCAGUGACACAAAGGUUAUAUUUGUCCUUUCGUUGAGCCAUGGUAGUUGUCUUGAGAUAUUGAAGAUGACUUGGUUUUGUAAAAAAAUCAUGUCCAUUUUUUGGUUCUAAAAUGUGGGGCACUCGCAUUGUCUGACGGAAUUAUCCAAAAUACCAAAACAAAAGACAACACUCCAUGGCAAGCAAGGUCCUUCUGUAAUAUAACCACUCUAAUCUGGCCUAGCAGGUUAGAAUAUGUACAGUGCAAAUGACCAGGGUCGGUAGAUUAGUAAUAGGGUACUGCUGCCCCUUUCAUCACUGGCUGACGUCACACCGCUAUCAAUUAAGGCAGAGUUCACUUAUUACACCUCUACCUCUUUCUGGCAGUAUUCCCCAUGGCACCUCUGGUAAUCAGAAUACUCUGCAGGUUGCUUUGUACAGUGCUUCACAAAUGGCUUUAUCUGUUCUCUUGGGAAGGGAGGUUGUUUUGAAAAGUGAUAGACAAUAUUUUCUAUCAGAUUCGGGUGGGGGGGGAAGAGUGUGAGAAUACAUCUUUUAGACUUUUUCUUCAAGACCUGAGGGCAACCUUAAAACAUCAAUUGAACUCAAUCAAUUCUCUUUUUAUCAGCAAAAUUCAUGUAAUUGAAGAGAUGGCUAGCAUUGACUAAUGGCACACUUGACCCGUUAAAUCAAUGUACUUUUAGAAUUUUUUGUAAAUGUUUGCUUUAGAACGUUUGCUGGUUUUACUACGUCCAACUGAAAUGUCUCAUGUUGCUUAUGAAGCAAGCACACAUCUGAAACACCAUACGAAAUCAUCUAAUGGUUGCGUUAAACUGGAUUGUUAAGAUACAUAUUUGCUUGGUUUAGUUUUAAGGUUGCCCUCCGGUCUAGUGGUGGGGGGGCCUUAUGUGUUUGUAAUAGUCUGUUUCAAUGCAGACCUUAUCCAAUACACUCCAAUUGGGCACAGUGGGCCCAACACCACCCCCUGGGUAUUAAUUUAAUUUGUUUUCAAACAGCCCCCUACACUGUCUUUUCCCAGCUGAUUCCUUCCCACAUAGUAUAUAUGUAUUUUAGGUUUUACAAGUUUGUUCUGAUCCUGUUUUAAUGAAACCUCAGGUUAUUCUGGUUUAAAGAGAAAUACAUCUGAUGUGAAAUCAUUGCAAAGUGAAGGAGGAAUUUGAACUUGAAUGUAGCAGAGUGGGAUUGUACAGUGGAUGUGGGAGAGAAAAUGGAAAACGAAACAAAGUCCAAUAAAUGUUUUUAUUAGCAAUUACUCUUUCGAAUACUCCGAUUGUGGUGUUUAUGUAACUGCAACAACUCAUUUUUUCCUACAAUAGAUAUCCACAAUAAACUGCCUAUCACAACA